AAGAGAUUAGCUACCCUGGUGCCCCUAAACAUUUGGAGAAGUUUGCAUGAGACACACCUGUCAGUGUCGAGCGUGGCGUUGUGCGAGUGGGGCUUGCGCUCGGGCGCCGGUUGGCUGCCGAUCUGCAACGCGCCUGGCUUGUUUCACCCUGAGGCUUGAGGCCUCAUCUCUGGACAAUACCCACCGAGCACUUUACCACGGCCUAUUCAAAAUCCCCCGAACAUCCCGUACCAGCUGGAGAGCUCUAUCUAGCAUAUCUUCGCGCUACGGUUGACCUAUCUGCGCCAAUCGACUUUAUCUACGAGCUUCGCGUACGCGUUAUCAACACCUAUCCGACUUUGUCUUGCGAGGAAUAGACACGAUGGGCGGGUCAAUAUCAAAGAUGAUGGGCAAGAUCUUCGGAUCCAAGGAGAUGCGAUUGUUGAUGCUGGGCUUGGAUGCAGCAGGAAAGACCACGAUUCUCUACAAGCUCAAGCUCGACCAAGACGUGACCACAAUUCCCACCGUUGGCUUCAACGUCGAGACCGUAACGUACAAGAACACCAAAUUCAACGUCUGGGACGUCGGCGGCCAGGACAAGAUUAGGCCGCUAUGGAGACACUACUUUUCUGGAACCCAAGGUCUCAUCUUCGUCAUCGACUCAAACGACCGCGAUCGUAUCGACGAGGCCCGAACAGAACUUACGCGCAUCAUCCAGGAUAGGGAAAUGAAGGACGCGCUGUUGUUGGUGUUUGCAAACAAGCAGGAUUUGCAAGGAGCUAUGCGACCCAAGGAAGUCUCGGAUCGCCUGCAAUUAGACAAGAUUGCGAAAGACCACGUAUGGAAAGUCGAGCCCAGCUGUGCGACAACGGGAGAGGGCAUCUUUGAGGGACUGGCAUGGCUCUCAAACAACGUCAAGCUACCCGCUGGCGCCAAAUAAGCCUCUGAUACCUCCUCCAUCCGAGAUCUGUAUGACUGCAUGCACUCCAUCACUUGCUCUGGCUUCCUGCAUAUACCCGGUUCCCUUAUCGUAAUGCCCCUUCAUUGCCUUGAUAUGAUCUUCUAAUACCAGCCACUAAUGGCUAUUUACUUCACUUCUCGCUUCUUCUCUUUCUGAUUCACAUGUGUGGAUUGAGAUACCUGAGAUACCCCCUCCAGAUUGGACUUCCUGUAUCAUGGAUGUACUCGUUAGAUUUGCGCUUGGUCCAGACUACAAUCAUUGUUCAUAGCGCGCGGCGGUGUGUGUGGGAUAUUGAGGGGUGUGUUUUUUGAGCGGAUAGAUGAUUAUAUGGCGUGUAUGAACUUGUUGUCUUAAUAUUCUGCUCUUCUCCUCUCUCUGUCUUCCUCUUGUCUCAUCUAAAGUUUCAAUUGACGCGUGCUG